UUGAACCGUCUGUCGGUUUGUCGGUCUGUCAGUCUGUCCGCAAUUUUCGUGUCCGGUCCAUAUCUUUGUCAUCCAUGGAUGGAUUUUCAAAUAACUUGGCAUGAAUGUGUACCACAGUAAGACGACGUGUCGUGCGCAAUACCCAGGUCCGUAGCUCAAAGGUCAAGGUCACACUUAGACGUUAAAUGUCAUUUUUCAUGAUACUGCAUUGAUGGGCGUGUCCGGUCCAUAUCUUUGUCAUCUAUGGAUGGAUUUUCAAAUAACUUGGCAUGAAUGUGUACCACAGUAAGACGACGUGUCAUGUGCAAGACCCAGGUCCGUUGCUCAAAGGUCAAGGUCACACUUAGACGUUAAAGGUCAUAUUUCAUGAUAGUGCAUUGAUGGGCGUGUCCGGUCCAUAUCUUUGUCAUUCAUGCAUGGAUUUUAAAAUUAUUGGGCAUGAAUGUGUACCACAGUAAGAUGACGUGUCGCGUGCAAGACCCAGGUCUGUAGCUCAAAGGUCAAGGUCACACUUAGACGUUAAAGGUCAUAUUUCAUGAUAGUGCAUUGAUGGGCGUGUCCGGUCCAUAUCUUUGUCAUUCAUGUAUGGAUUUUAAAAUAACUAUGCAUGAAUGUGUGGCACAGUAAGACGACGUGUCGCGCGCAAGACCCAGGUCCGUAGGUCAAAGGUCCUAAACUCUAACAUCGGCCAUAACUAUUCAUUCAAAGUGCCAUCGGGGGCAUGUAUCAUCCUAUGGAGACAGCUCUUGUUCAAUCUAUAAAUUUACAAGACUGAGUGUUUGAAAACUGGUGAAAGUUUGUUUGGACACAAAAUGGCAGCCUGCAAUUAAUUAAUUUACAUAAAGUAUGCAUUAACUAAAACAAAGAGCUAUAAAAAUAAACAGAUCGGCAGCUUGAAAGGCAUAUAGAGCAAAUCUCGCCAGUAUCACAAGGGAACUGAAUGAGAUCUUGUUUUUCUGGCAUAUGAAACAGACAGCAGAAGGAAAAACCUUCUAACUUUAAAGAAUAGAGACAGAACACCGCUAGAAUAAAGAGAUGGUGAGCAGAACACCAAAGCCAAUGAUGACGAGGCGGUCUGCCUCAGACUUGAAGAACAGGAGACCGAAGAGAAACAUCUCGCCAAAAAACUUGGAUGACUCAGUGUCUGGACUGUCAUGGAAAGAGGAGAGAGAACUGAAGAAGGCACUGUAUGCAUCGUUACAAGAGGCAAGACGUCAGUCACGGGAUGAUAAGCCUGAAGAUGAUGAAAGCAUUGCAGACUCAAGGGACGGAAUAUCACAUAGCCAGAGCAGGGCAAGUUUAAGUUCUCUAAAUGAGCCAAAGUUUGUGGAUGAGAGCAGCUGCAGUGUGGACUCGAAUCAAAGUUUUACUGAGAAUAAAGAAACAUCAAGGCUUGAAGCAAAAAAGACUAAAUACCAUGCCCAAAGAAAAUUUGCUGUGAAUUCAUUCACACCAAUAUGUCCCGAGCCUUCAAGCUCGGGAGUGCGAGCAACUCGAUAUCCGAGUGCGACUCAUCAAAAGAAGAUUCAUGCACAGAGGAAGUUUGCACAUGGUUCAGCUCCAGCAACACCAGUGGAAAUGCCAUCAAAACCUAAACUGAAAGUUUCUCCGAUCAAACUUUUCCCAGGCAGACCAAAAACAGAAGAUUUCCUCACUUAUUUAUGCUUCAGAGGUACGUCAGUGCUUCCACCACAUAUGGAUUUAAUGAAUGCUAAAAAGGAUGAAACAGAGGGGGAAAUGUCAGGUGCCAAUGGCAGGUCAGGGUUUACACGUGACAGUUCACCGGCUUCGAGUAGCAGCACCAGCCACCAGAAUGAAGACAGUAUGGAUGUGCCCGAUGUUCCAUUGAGAGUACAAACACCCAGUAGGAAAGCAGCUCGAGCCUCGGCAAGUACACCAGAGACAGCACGCGGGUUUGUAAAUCUUCGUCGUAGAGGUAGAAAUGGUUCCAAGCUCUCUCCAGGAAGUAGGAAAAGGCUAGCAGACUCAUAUGGUGCAUCAGGAAAAUUGAAGUCCAAGAGUCCAAUUAAAGGGCAUAUGGGUGACCGUCUAACUCUAAAGAGAAAAGCUAUGGCAACACUAACAGCUGCUCGGAGGGCGUCCCCAAAGAAACAAGAAGACAUGAAAAAAUUGAGGACUUCUGUCUCUGAUGGUGAAUUGCUGAAAAGGAAGUCUAAAAGUAACACUUUGGAUGUGGAUCAAGAUAUUUUGAGAGAAGAUACAAUAUCGAAAGAUAACGCACAGUUUAACAAUGGUAAUGUUUUUGAGAGUUUUGAUGAAAAGACAGAAUUAGUUAUUAAAGAACUGACAGAUGACGUUGGUAAAGAGUUGAAUAAUGAUUCUAAAACUGAACAGUCCACUGAUAUGACAGGAAGUCAAGUUUUGUUAGAGGAUUCUGGGGUUCAUUUAAGUUUCCAUGACAGUAAAGCUUUUGUUGAUGAUGAUCAGUCUAGAUACUCUGAAGGCUUGGAUUUUGGGACAGAAAUUCAAGGUUUAGAAAGUAAGCACUUGCAUAAGGGAAAUGUUGCUGAAGUUGAGGAGUCAAGACUAUCUGUUGGCUUGAAUUUUGGGACAGAAACAGAAAUUUCAGACAGUAAUAAUUUUGAUAAGGGAAAGGAAAGGGGAGAAAUGUCAAAGAGGCUUGUGAAUUGGAAUGAAAUCUAUGAUCCUGAAUACUUGUCGUGUGCAUCCUUACUGAAGCCUCUCGAAUCAGAACUUGAUGAUUCUGUUGACAUUAUGCCAGAGACAGACAUUAGUUUAAAUGAAUCUUUAGAUGUUAAUGAAAUCCUUUCUGUUGGAGAAGUGUCGUUGGGAAUUCUUUCCCCAGAAAUAAAGAAGAGGAGGCUUUUGGAACAGACUAAAGAUCAGUGGAAUGAUGAAACACAUAAUUUGUUCAAACCUUCUUUCGAAUUGCUGCCAAAACAGCCAAAGAAUGCAACUAAAGUUAUGAAGAUCAUUACACGAAGUGCAGCUAAGAAAAGCAAUCGAGCUAUUAAUUUAGAUAUAAAUAACAAUAGCCUUACAUUGUCAGAUCAUAGCUACUCCAAGAUAAAGAAAUACAUAAAGUUUCGAGUAAAAUCUUGUAAAUCCAAAAGUGUCCAACCUCUCUCAAGCUCAACACCAUUACUAGAAAGCUGUGUUAAUAGGGCAAGGUGUUCUUGUGUGCCAUCAUGUACCAGACAUAAGAAGAAGCUGAAGUUGACACAAGGUAAUGGAAGGAAAGAUGUUGAAACAAGUCGAAGUAGCUCAAAAAACAAUGGAACCAGAAAACGUAAAUCAGCUGGAGACUUAAAUGAUAUUAAUGGACCAACCACUCAAAAAAGAAAUAAAAUGCCAGAUGGUAGCAGAUUGAAAACAGUAAUGAAAUGUCGAUCAAAAGAAAGUCGAGGUUUUUCAAAGUCCAAACUGAAGUAUCUAGAAACUUUAGAAACACAUCCAAAGAAGAGAUUAGCAGCAACGAUAAGAGCAAAGAAAACAUUCAAGCCUCACAAACCUGUAACACGUGCCACAACACACAUGAAACAGGCACUGAAAGCAGCAAAAAUUGCAGUGAACAAAAAAUUGAAGCUAGUCAGUAAAACAUUGGGAAAGAGUAAGAAACAGGGAGAUGAAGUAAAAGAACAAACAAGAAAGAAUGGAGUGGAAAAGAAGAAGUUGUCAUUUGAAUCUACAGGAUCCAGAAGUUCUCUAAAUAGUCUCAGUAGUGAUAAUUCUGGUGAAAUCCGUAUCAAGACGGAGAGAUUCCCAGGUGAUUCCGACCCAGCAGCAGUUGUACAAUGUCCCACAUAUUACCCAUCAGAGGAACAGUUCCGGGAUCCAAUAUUGUACAUUCAGAGUAUACAGUCAGAGGCUGAGCAGUACGGCAUGUGUAAAAUAGUACCACCUUGUAGCUGGAAGAUGGAAAGCAGAGAGAUGGAGGAUUUUAGAUUUUCCACACAAAUACAGUAUAUACAUAAAAUGUUACACAAGUGGAGCCCUAUAAUAGAACAGCUAGAAUACAUCAAGAGGUUACACAAUGAUGCUGGAAAUGACAGGUUUCAGGUUCCACAGAUUGGCGGUGUGGAGAUAGACUUGGUCAAAUUGUACGAACUUGUUCAGAAAUAUGGGGGAAUGAAGGGUACUGUGGGUAAAGAAAAGAAAUGGUUAAAAAUAGCUGAGGCAAUGAAAGUGCCAAAGCAAGCGGACAGAGUGUCCAAAUUGUAUGCAGCGUACUGUAAAUAUCUGCUGGCUUAUGAGACGCUGUCCGAGGAGGAGACAGAGAAACUGCAGGAGAUGGUGCAGGCAGAAAAACAGAGACAGGAGACAGAUAAACACAUACCAUCAUGCUAUAAGUGUGUCUAUAAGGGCAAGUCGCAGCCAUUGUCUGGGUUUCAUCGUGCUGCAAGGAACACUCAACAACUGUAUGACCCUGAGUCAUGUAAUGAUCCUGAAACCAUUGAGCGUGAUUACUGGGACAUUGUAGAGAAAUCAGAUGAUCAUGUGACUGUGCAGGGAGCCAGCCUAGACACAAGUAUAUACGGCAGUAUGUUCCCAGUACGACGAGACAAUACAUAUGCCAGACAUGGCUGGAAUCUGCAUAACUUUGUAGAAAGUAAAGGAUCAAUCCUUCAUCAUCUAGGACUGAUUGCAGGUGUGACAGUUCCAACACUUCACAUUGGUAUGUUAUAUACCAGCAAGUGUUUAUCUUGCAAUGGACACAAUCUUCCCACAGUGCAAUAUCUACAUCAGGGACCUGGGCUUGUAUGGUACGCUGUCCCCAGUCAGGAAACAGAUAACCUGAAGAGUGCAAUGAAAAAAGUGGCUCCUAAACUAGUGAGAAAUGAAGGUUUCUGUUUACAGAAGAAUUCUGCAAUGGUACCACCAAGUAAACUAGUAGAAAAUGGAGCAUCAUUGAGUCGGUGUGUACAGACGGAGCGAGAAUUUGUUGUGAUAUUUCCCUCUGUAAACUAUAGCAGUAUCAAUCUAGGAUACAAUAUGUCUGAGUCAGUUCAUUAUGGAACGCAAGAUUGGAUUCCUGAAGGCUAUCAGGCCUCAAUGAAUUUAGGAGUGAAUCAUGAUGUUGAGUUGUUCUCUAUGGAUGCCAUGUUGGUAUUCUUGGCAAGGGACUCUACCACUCAGGACACAACACUGGCCCUUCUUCUGCCCUACCUGGAGAAAGUUGUAGAGCGUGAAAUCUCAGAACGUAAGAAGUUGUUUGAGGCUGGAUUGAAGGAGACAGAGCAGUUACAUGACAAGCUGGAGAAACCAUCCCAGAAAUGUGAUGUCUUAGAGGAAAUUAUCAUAUGUGAUGUUUCCAAUAAAAUAUGCUAUCUGUCCAUGGUGUUGAACUCGCAUGAAAACAGUGCUUUCUCUCUGGACCAAGGCCUUAUACACAUCCAGAAACGCAAGAAUCUCAAAAACUGUAAACUCAUGUACAGAUACUCGGAGGAGGAACUGAAGGCCCUUAUUAAGGAGGUGAAGAAUAGAUUAAGGGGAAGCAACUCAUCUAGUCCUGGAACAUCUAGUCCUAAGCGCAAGACAAGGAAGUCUUUGACAGACAGUAAAUAUUCUCCAGCAUCUUCGACCUCAUCACGAUGAUCUCAGACUAUUGCUGUAUGAUCCACUUUCCAGAUUGUAGCAUAACUCAAGUAUGAUUCUAGAAAGAGAUCACUGAAAACUUUUUAUCUGGAUGUGACAUGCUUAAAGAAAGGGUUGUAAAAUAUUUGUUUUUUGUCAGGCAGAAAAUACUGAGAAUGACAGGUAAAUAAAACAAAAAAGUAGCAGUGGUAAACAUUUGGUCUGACUGAGAAAGAUUGGAUUUUGUUAGUUUUGAAGUUCAUGUUAAGCAUAUUUAGCAUUAAAGGUAAACUAAGUCUUCCUUUAUCAUCAGAAGCUGCUGGGAAGUCACCAUAGUAAUUGUGUCAUUAAACGUUACAAAAAAAAUUCUCUGUAAUGGCACUAGGUCUUGAAUAGGGAUUUGAAUAAGGAUCCUGUUCUCCAGGACAUAAGAUAUCUAAACGUGCAAUGUGUAUUUGUUGUAUGUAGCUUGUAGGCUGAAGAUUUUUUUUAUGUCUGUGAAUUAUUUAUGUUUUGAAUAAUGUUUAUGUCAAAUAAAUUAAGUAUAACUUGGAA